AUGGAUAGUGUUCUUGAUGGAGAUGCCAUCUCCAACAUCGCCAUGUUUCACAGUAAGACACUUGAGGCUUUGAAAACAAAGGUCUUAGAUAAUUUUGUUCCCAUGGAUGGCCCAGUGAGGGUAGUGGUUGCUACCACAGUCCUAGGAAUGGGGGUAAAUAUCCCAAAUGUGGAAAGGGUAUGCCAUUUUGGCAUACCUGAUACCGUGGAAGAUUAGUUCAGGAAAUCGGGCGGGCAGGACGAGAUGGAAGAAAAAGCCAUGGUAUAUUGUAUUUUAAGUCCUACCAUUUGGCGCAUUGUGAUGACAGCAUGAAAGCAUUCAUCAAAAAUCCAGAAACCAAAUGCAGACCUGAGAUGGUGGCGAUGCACUUUAAAACAAAGCAUACAAAAGUUUCCCCAUUACAUGACUGUUGUGACGUGUGUACUGAAAAGUGUGAUUGUUCCCUGUCAUCUUGCAAAGAAGGUCCUCACAUGGCCCAACCUGCUAUAACUGAAUGCAAUGCUCCAAUGAGAACUGUAGAGGAUGAUGAAAGACAUCUUUUGUGUGAAAUUUUGCAUGAAUUGAAAGACUCCACAAAUGCCUCUGGCUCAAUAUUUGGGUCGAACAAUUUAUUGGCACAGAUAGAUGACAAUUUAAUAAAAGAACUGGUGAACAGCUGUGAGUACAUCUUCACUACUUCUUACCUGAUGGAAAACUUUGCAAUAUUUAAUAGUGACAGUGCCCAACAGAUUCUCUCUGUGUUUGCGAAUGUGUUUGGGGAUAUACGAGAGGUAUAA